AUGAGUGUUUCACGAUUACAAUACCAGAAACCUUAAUUAACUCGUCAAGUCUCAGCUUCUUCAAGAAUGACUCCUAAAGAUAUCAAUCCUGAUAACACGAUUAUGUCAUUCCUCAAAUCAAUGGAUACAAAACAUGCUGCCAUGUUAAAUCGAUCUAUACGUUAAGGAGAGAAAUUUAAUCUAAGAAAUCAGCAAACUUAAUCUAAUAACUAAUUACUUAAUUCCAGAACCCAAAUAUCGACUGUAGAGAGAUAAAUAUUAAAUAACCUCGAAUUAAGGUAUAUUAGUAACAAGAACUUUCUAGAAUUUAAAAGUUACCUCAAAAAGAAUAAGAGUAUGUGAAACUAAUAUUGGGGUAGAUCGAAAAUGGAGAGUAAAAACAUGAAGAACUAAUCUAAUUUUUUAAAAAUAACAAAACUAAAAGAAUACAAUUAAGAAUUUUGUCUAAUUAUGGUAAUAAUACCUAAGUAGGAUUAACAGGUAUUGAAUUACUAAGUUAAUAAACAAAUUUAAUUAAAAUCACGUCUAUUAUUUCAGAUGAUGAUUCUAAUAACACUAUUACAAAUCUCAUUAAUGGACAUAAUUUAAUUAUUAACUAAGAAUAUAUGUGGAUAACUAAUUAUAAAUAAUUCCCUAUAACAAUUACACUUUUCUAUGUAGAAGAUACUGAUUUACUUACUCAUGUCAAAAUAUGGAAUUUUAACAAAAAUAGAAAAGAAUUGGAUAAAUGUGUAUAAAAUAUAGAAAUAAUUCAAAAUGAAUAAUAGGUAUGGUAAGGUUAAUUAAAAAGGGGAGUAGGCAAUACUUAUACUGAAUAUGCAGACGUUUUGGAAUUAAAAUUUAAUAAUACAAAUAAAGAAAUUUCUCAACCCUUUUAUUAAUCAAUGUAAUCAAUAGUCACUAAAUAGUCAGAUGAUAAUAUGUAAAUUUAUUUGUAAAUAUGAAAUAGUAUAAAUCAAUCAAAAGCAUCAAAUUAAUUUAAACAUCCAAAACCAAAGAUGAUGAAGAAUCCUUUUGAUGAUGAUAAAAGAAUCAAAUAGCCUGAACCUUAAUCUGCUAAAUAAUAGAUUAGUUAGAAAAGAUUAUUUAAAAAUCCUAUGAAUUUAUUCCCACAAAAAUAAUUAACUGAGGAAGACUCAACGAAUACGAAUAUAAAAAAAGGAGUUGCCCAAAUAGCAGCUGGAUUUAUGAAAUAAAGAAAAAAAGGAAUAACAAUUCCUGAUUGUCCAAUAGGAAAUUUGCUAAUAUUUAAGUUAUUGAAAAAUUGGGGAGAUAUGUUUCAUAUAGGAUUAACAGGAAUAGAAAUAUUUGAUUAUUUAGGGAAUAAAGUAAAAAUAACAGAAGUGAAUGGUUUUUUUAAGAAUGCUAAUGUUCUGUUUGAUGAUAAUUAUCUUACAUAAGAUGAGAAAUGUAUGUGUUUAGAAAGGAUUGAGAAGAAUAUGGAGAUUAAAUUGAAAUUUAAGGAAACUAAGAUAGCUAUGAUUAGAAUAUGGAAUUACAAUAAAGGAAGAACAUAUAGGAAUAAAGGAGUAAGAAAGAUGGAAAUAUUAAUUGGAAUGGAUUCAUCUGAUUCUGUAGACGCUAUAUUCAAUGAUGAAAUUAAAUAAGCAAAUGCUACAUGUAAUAGUGAUAAUGCAGAGUAUAUAAUGUUUACAAACAAUUAAUAAAUUCUUGAUAAGAUAUCAUAAUCAGAUUGGUUAAACACUUUGCAUGAGACAUAGAUUCAAUAAUAAAAAUAGAUAUUAGAAAAUACAAUAAAAUUAAGUAGACCUGAUACUGCCACUUUUCUGAAAUAGAAAUAGAAUAAUGCUAUUUUAACAAAAUAAGGAUCUGAUAAAUAUAUAUUGAAGAAGCCAUUUGUAUCUAUUGUCAAUACAUUACCUACUGUUACAAUGAAAACACUAACUAUAUAUAUUUUGAAAAAUUGGGGGGAUAAAUAUGUUGGAUUAGAUAAAAUAGAGAUUCACGAUAAAUAUGGAUAAUCAUUGAAAAUAAAAAAAUAUAAAGUUAUAACAUAUUAAUCCGAAACAAUUAUGAACAGUGAUGAGAGAUGGCAAUUUCAUAAUGGAUAAAUAAAGAUUUAAUUUUCAUUUCCAUAAGCAAUAUAAAUAAGUAGAAUUUUGAUAUGGAAUUUCAAUAAAGAGGAUGAAUUAGAGAAAGGAGUAUAAUUAAUAAAUAUUGAAGGAGAUGAUUAGAUAUUGAAUACAAUAUAAGGAAUCUUUUUAAGAAAGGGACAUGGAUUAAGUGAUGCUAAUGAACCAUAGGUUAUAGAUCUUCCAUAUUAAUAAAAUAUAAAAACAAUAUUAGCUAAUUAUUAAUUUGAAAAGAGUAUUUAUUGGGAUUAUGAGACUGCAUAAUUACCUUAAGGCACUAAGAUUACAAUAAAAUUAAUAUCAACUUGGGGUGAUUUACAUUACAUUGGAUUAAAUGGAAUUGAAUUAUUUGAUCCUAAUGGAGAUUUAAUUAUACCUAAAUUAUAUGCAAAACCAUAUUCAAUUAAAGAAUUACCAGAAAUGGAAAUGGAUGUAAGAACACCAGAUAAAUUACUUAAUAACUGUAAUGUUACUUUAGAUGCUAAAUAAAUAUGGUUAUCUCCAUUUGUUAAUUCAUAUACUAAUAGAUUACAAACUAAUAUUAAUUCUAGUGUUUUUGAUAAUGUUAACUAUUAAGUUAAUAAAUUGAUUUUAUUAUUUGAUACUCCUCAAUAAGUGUCUGCUAUAUCCUUUUAUAAUUAUAGUAAAACACCUGUUAGAGGAGUUAAAGAAUGUGAAAUUUCAAUGGAUGAUUAUAUAAUCUAUUAAGUAAGCUUUAUUUUCAUAUUCAGGGAUAUCUGAAUUUGUCUACUCUAACCCAAACUCCUAGAGGUAUAACAGGAAAUAAUAAAACAACUGUUUUAUUUACUAGAGAUGAACGAUUGAUUGAAUAGAUUGGCUCUGUAUAAAUUAGAGAAAGUAUAAUAGGAUCUGAAACAAUCUUAAUUAAUGAAUAUUAAGUAUUUAUCUUAAAUUAUAUUUAUUAGCGAGAGACAAUUAAUAGUAUUAGGAAUAAGUAAGUGAGAAACUAACAAUAGAAACUAUAUAAAGAAUUAGACAGACCAACAACAACUUAAGUUUACUGA